AUGUUUUCCAUUUCGAGGUCGGACAAAACGUUGCGAAGUUUGUUGAUGGAGUCUGAAGAGGAGCAGUUGUUUGUACCAACUACUACUUCGAUCAGCAACAAUGAUCAAUCAUCACAAUAUGAAGGUAGAAAUCCAACUCGAAAAUAUGUCGAGUAUAAAACCAAAACUCGGAGAAACAACAACAACAAUAAUUCAUCAUCAUCCAAACGAAAUAACGAAACAAAUUCAUCAUCCAUUAAAAUUGCACGAAAGCAUCGGCUGAGGAGAAAUACCAUGUUUCAUGCUUCAUCACCAUCUCCGUACAACAUGCUUCAACAAAAUUCAGUCAGCGAAAGCUCCUAUAUUCAUGCUUCUGCAAGCAACAAUAAUGAAACUCUCAAUUUUGAAAGCGUCAGUACUGGAGAUGGAAGAGGAGAAGGAUUUUCAAUCAAUGCAAUAUCUUCAGUUGUGAGCAGCAUCGAGAAACCGUACCAUCAAGAUCACAAAAAUCUAAGAAUCCUACCAUCUUCAUCAAACUCCUCAUCAUUACGACAACAACAGCAAGAAAUUCAUUCAAUAGGAACAAGCGUUGUUUCUGGAAUGUCAAGAAGCAACAGUGUUUGCAGUAACAACAGCAGUAAUGCAUCAAUAGUAGCUGCAAAACAUUUAGAACAACAAGAAUCGGUUCCACAAACACCAACACCCAACGAAGAGGAAGAACAAGAUAAUUCUGCCUUGGUUCACCUCGAAAGAAUAGCAAAUUUAGAAUCUUUGUUAUCCCUCCAAAAUGGGCAACCUCCUGAACGAUUUCAAAUUGGAAUAUUUGGCAGAAAUUCUGCAUUGAUGACGAUAUUAUUUGUUUUACGUUUAAAAACUAAAUGGUCUGAAGUGUGGAACAAUUUUAAAUCUACGAAUUCUGUCAAAAUUGAUCCCACAAUGGAUAGCUUAAUUACUACGAGGCCAGUGUUAAAUGUAGAGAACAAUUCAUUUAAUUUAGUCUCUGUCGAAUGGAUAGACAUGUCCAUAUCACAUAAUCAGUAUAGAAUGUCAGAUACUGAAGGUUUUGUAUUUUUAAUUGACAUUUCUGAAUGGAUGGAAGCCGAGGAUCUUUCAUCACCACAACUGUUAAAAUCUAUUGAAGAACAAUUUAAGGUUGCAUCAGAUGUCAUUAAUGGAAUUACGAAAGAGUUGUUUAAAAAGCAAAAAGGAUUGCAACAAUCAUUCGAAGAACCAGUCACUUUUUUGUGCCAUCUCAACGAAUCAUUGUAUCAUUUAAGAGACAAGGAAUUAAGCUCUGAGUCAAAAUCUUCACAAAAUGAUUCGUUUGAAAAUAUUUUAGCCACAUCAGAAAACCAUUUUGAGACAGAUGGACAAGAAUCAGAAAUAUCUGCAUGCAUCAGAGACACCAUUGAACAAUUAAUUGAUGAGUUCAUAGCAAUACCGUUAGAUAAUUAUCAAAUCUAUAUUCAAGACACAAGUAUUGAUACAGAGGAAGACGAUUUAUCUCGAAUGAUCGAGCAUACAUUCACCUUCUUGUCAACACGAGCCCUCAACAAUAAGGAAACUGCCCGAAAUAGGAAACAAAAAAAAUUCAUCAAUCUAUCUAGUUCUCUACCCUCCCUAUUUACCUCAAGCCGAGAAGAGGAUGACAAACCUUCACGAUACCUGUAG